GCGUCAGUGCGCAGCGAGCUGCCGGCAUGCGAAGUUGGUUUGUCGUGUGCUUCUCACCCUAAGGAUCGCACAGCCACGUGGUGCUUUCCUACAGCAUAUUAUUGCGUGAUCGCGUGACGCUUUCGGAAACCGGGUCGUGCGUUUCGUUUCGUUGCAAUUCAAAUUAACGACGAUUGCCGACGUUACGAGGCCUGUCCCUCGAUUUUCCGCGGUAUCGUGAAGCUGUCCUGCCGCGAAUUCAGAGCGCACAGGAUAACCGCGAGUGUGAUACUUGUGAAUGCUAAAUAUUAUUUUUCCAACUCUAUUGCCGAGAGGACCGAUUAGGACAAGAGUGACAAAAAAGAUGACUAAUACGCGUUCGACUAACCGGUGUGAAUUAACUCCGAAUUAACAACACAUAGCGACACUGCAGCUGGACCAAUCAUGGAGAGGAGAUUAUCAAGAAGAGUCGAGGACGCGACGGUGAGGACUCACGGGGUCUCGCGGUGCCGCGUGUGCUUCUCGAGAUCUAGUUGAUCCUUCGAUUAAUUGUAUUUUAAAAUCGUCGGGUUGAUUAAACGAGUGAUAUACUUCUUACGCUUCGUGUGCUCGCGAAGUGAGAUAAAAGUGCGGCUGACGCGCGUUUGUCAAAUCUGUUUGUGCGAAAGGCCGGCGCAUCGCGACGCCGGAUCAUCUCUUGGGAUCAUCCCGAGCUCUGGCCGACGGGAAAUGUUUCGGAAGUGCAGACUGCAGCAACGCGACAGCAACUGCCGACCGCCCGAUAUACACAGAUAGCGCGCACGAUCACGGAAGACCGCGGGAGGGAGCGAAAUCGAGAUCGGGAUCGAAGUGCGAAGGAUUUAGAUCUGAGAACGAGAAUGACGAUGACGAAGAGUCAAGGAAUUCUGGAAAGCGGAUAACAGACGGAUCCCUCGAAUUAUCGGAUAAGACCGAUGAUCAACUAAAAGUAGAUCGUACAGGAUUUAGAAGAGCGGAGAGUUUUUUUAAGAGAGUCCUAAGGGAAAAUGUCGGUGAGGGAUGCGAUAAGUUGCUGAAAAGCAUCAAGGAGAGUCAAUUGUUGCUGAAAAAGAGUAUCCAACGGAGUCCAAGUUUGGGGAAGAGAAAUGUACAGGAAGAUUACUUAUUAUUGAAAAACGAUUCACGGGGGAAAGCAUUAUUAUUAGACAGUAGAAGCGAUCAACGGAGUCCAGCAUUAGUGAAAAAGGAUAUUCAAGAAAAACCAUCGUCGCCGAAGGAGAGUAUUCGAAAUAAAGUGCUAUUAGCCAAAGAAAGCGAUCGGCAAAGUGCAAGAUUAGUGCAGAAAAAUAGUCCUUCGCUGCUGAAGAAAGAGGGGACCAAUAAAGACGUUCAUAAGAGUCUUCUAUUGCCAAAAAUAAAUGCCGAAGAAAAUACAUUGACGAAGACAAAUCUUGAAGAAAAAUCGACGCGGGACGGCAUCAAGAAAGAUCUCGUAAAAAAGAAUAUUCAGAAGAAUUCAGUUAACGAGAUCUCGACGAAGGAAGAUACUGGAAAAACUGAGUUAUUGUUAGAAAAGUAUGUUCAAGGGAGUUCAUCAUCGAUAAAAAGCGACCCCGAAAAGCGCCCACAUUUGAUUAAAAAAAAUGUUGAUGACAGUUCACUAUUAUCGAAGAAGGAUACGUCGACUGACCCACUGAUGCGCUUGACGAGAAAAGAUUUUGAAGGUAGUCCGCAGUGCACAGUGAAGAGUUCCUUGUUACCGCAAAGAAAAGACAUUCCUGAUGAUCUACAAUUGCAAUUAACAGGAAAGACCAUCCGGGAUAAUUCUUCAUUGGCGAAGAACCUUCUUUCUUUAGUUGAGAAAGAGAAAGGCAUUCCUGAAGGGCCGCAAUCGCAGUUAACAAAAAGAAACCACCAGACAAAUUGUUCAUCGACGAAGGACUUUUGUUCUCCGGUUAGAACAAUCAUUUCGUCGACUGAAAAAGGAGGAGACAUUCCUGAAAAUCCACUAUCGCAAUUGACAAAAAGAACGAUUCAGGGUAAUUUUUCUUUGACGCAGAAUCUUGGUUUUUCAACUGACGAAGAUAUUUCCUCAGUCGAAAAAGAGAAAGAUUUAUCGCAACCAGCAAAAAGAGAUACUUCGUUGAGAAAGAAUUUUUCAUCAACUAUUGUUGAGGAUCAAGCAGCGCCCGUGCCGCCUUUAAGACUCAAACAAACCAGAAGCGUUUCGACAGAUUUUUCCCAUCAAUCAUCGAUCGUCCACAGACGCUGUCCUCCAUCAAAAAAUUCUCAGGUCCCUCUCGGAUGUGAGAAGGUGCGACAAGAACGCAAUAGUGAUUCUAAGCUGAAGCGAUCGCCUCCGCCGGAGGAAGACAGAUCGGAGAGGUCAGCGGGGUCCGAUAACGGCGGGUCAGCAGAUAAACACGAUUCGCCGGUCGCGAAAUGCAGACUCGCGGAUUUCAAUCGCUAUGCGGGACAUCAGUCGAUCGCGAAACCAUCCGAAGAGCAUAUUGCAAUCUUUAAGAUCUCUUCGCGCCCUGAAGAGGUAAUAAAUAUCGCUGAAGAAAAUUUAGAAGCCAGUCCUAUUGCGGAGCUUAUUAGAAGUGCAUCAGGAUGUCCGAAGCUCGAAAAGGAUCUUAAGGAGAACAUAAGAAAUCCAGUUAUUGAGAUAGAAAACCUCGAAGAAAUCUUGAAAAGUCAUGUCAUCAAGAUAGAAGAGCCCGAAAAAGCAUUAAAAAAGCCAGUCACUGAGAUAAAAAACUCGGAAGAGGUUUUGAAGAAUCCGCUCAUCAGGGUAAAAGACUUCGGAGAAGUUUUGACAAAUCAAGUUACCAAGGUAGACAUCAAUAUUUUGCCUCCCUCAAAAAUAAUUAACAAUUUCGAAAUUUCAGAUCGUCACCAAAUAAUUCAAAAGAGUCCACAGAAAUCCUGCAAUCGUAUAAGUCAUCAAUUGAAUAAUUCUGCGGACACACAAUUGCCAUUAGUAGUGAAUUUUGAAGAAAAUUCCGGAAAUAUUUUAAGAAAUUCAUCCAUUAAAAUAGAAGAUUCCGUCACUAAAUUAGAAAAACCUAUUAAGAUCCUGAAGAAUUUAUCAGCUAAGAUAGAUACCAAUAAUUUAUCGCUUUCAAACCUUCACGUAACCGACAACCUUGAGUCUUCAGAUAAACGACUGAUACGAACGUCUUCCGGUGUUAUAGGUCAUCAGUCGGAUGCUCUCCGGUUGCAGCUAAUCAAACAAAAAUUUUUGGAAAGCGAUAGGAAAAGUAAAUUAAUCAGUAGGGAAACCGACAAAAAUUUCAAAAUGAAACUGACCAUCAGGCUUCUUCGCAUCCGCGAUAAGCUAGUGCUGGGUCUAAGUGCAUUCGCCGUCGUAUUCACGUUGCUGCUAGUGAUGGACUUGCAGAUGGAUCUGGGAUACAGCGGUCAUCACCUGACCCCGAGUCACGCUCGCGUUAGGGUCGGUGACCCACCGGACGCCGACACCGUUUACAACAACUUCCGCCGGAAGUUCCUUCAACGAGCCAAUGGUAGUCGAGAACAAGCGAAUGGCGAAACGACGCCUGUAGUUGAAAAAUCCGGGAAGAGCGAAACGACGCCGCUAUUAUCGACGAUGAGAAAGCACGACGAUUUCGCGGAUUUGAUGGAUUUCGUGACAAAUGGGUACGGGGUGACUGUCGACGAGGGGGUGGUGAGACUUAGCGGUGAGGACCGGGAGUAUAAUCCGACAAUCGGGGAGCUGAAGAAAGUAGCAACGAGGAAAAAUAGCACGACCUUGGAGAAGUUUCACCUGCAAAUCUCGAGGUUGGAGUUAUACCCUAAGGAUUCGAAGUACGUGGACCAGUUGCUCCACGAAAUGGCAACCAGACCGAUUCUUCAUGUCGUUCAGAAGGACGGUGGCACGCAAUUAAAGCUAGUCAUUGAUUACGGUGAUAACAUGCAAGCGCUGUUCAAACCAAUGCGGUUCCCGAGGGAGCAGCAAACUUUGCCAAACCACUUCUACUUCACGGAUUUUGAGAGGCAUACCGCCGAAAUUGCCUCCUUUCAUCUAGACAGACUUCUGGGUUUCCGGAGAGCGAUGCCAGUGAGCGGUCGAACUCUCAAUGUUACAACAGAAAUUUAUCAAAUCGCCGACGGUGAGCUGCUCAAGACGUUCUUCGUGAGCCCAGCCGGCAACCUGUGCUUCCACGGCAAGUGCAGUUACUAUUGUGACACUGCACAUGCGGUCUGCGGCAGUCCCGACACUCUGGAGGGUAGCUUCGCCGCUUUUCUACCUGACAAAGCUCUCGCGGCCAGAAAGGCUUGGCGACACCCUUGGCGUAGAAGCUAUCACAAGCGCAAGAAAGCUCAGUGGGAACACGAUUCCGAUUAUUGCUCUUUAGUAAAAGAAAUCUCGCCAUACGACGAAGGUCGACGAUUGCUCGACCUGAUGGAUAUGGCGGUCUUUGAUUUUUUAACGGGCAAUAUGGAUCGCCAUCAUUACGAAACGUUUAGGAUCUUUGGAAAUGAUAGUUUCACGUUGCAUUUGGACCACGGAAGAGGAUUCGGAAAACCCUUCCACGAUGAGACAUCGAUUUUGGCGCCUAUCUUGCAGUGCUGCAUGAUCAGACAGACCACUUUAAGUACUCUACUCCGUUUCCACAAUGGACCUAUGCGGCUCAGCGCAGCUAUACGGCAAAGUAUGGCAAAGGAUCCCGUGGCUCCCGUUUUAUGGGAACCUCAUUUAGAAGCUUUGGACCGACGAGUAGGUAUCAUUCUGCAGGCCGUUCGCGAUUGCAUUACCCAGGAGAACUCCUCGCAACAGGUUCUGCGUAGUGACAAAACAGACUCAAAGUUAUAGCCUUCAAUUGCGAUUUAGAAUAAUCGCGUGUAAAAAGAUGUAAAGAGAUCUCUCUUUGUAAAGGUAUUUUCUACGCUCUGAGAGUUUAA